AAUGCUCUUCCAGGAGUAUGUAGAGCUCAACUGCGACUCUGCUUUUUUCUUCACAGAUGGCUCAUGUCACGAAAAUCAGAUAGGUUCAGCAGCCGUCGGCCCUGGGCUUAGGUUUGGGACCCGGCUUCAAGAAUUUACGACAGUCUUUAGUGCCGAAGUUCACGCAAUCGAAAAAGUUAUGGAGCACAUCAAGGCAGAAAAGAUUGAUCGGGCAACCAUCUGUACUGAUUCGAAAUCCGCUCUUCAAGCACUGGAAAGGACCGAUAAUGUUACCCACCACGGUAUCUACAAUAUUCUCAGGAUCACAUCAGAUCUCAAUGAGGGCCAGCAUGUGACCCUUCUUUGGGUUCCAGGUCAUUACGGUAUUGCAGGAAAUGAACGUGCGGAUGUCCUCGCAAAGGAGGCUGCAAUGCGACCUGAUCCAGUUGUGGAACCUAUGGCCCAAGGGGACGCUAUUCAUAUGAUAAAAAUCAAAUUCGCCGAGUACCUUCAACGCAAAUGGGACCAACAUCAUGCUGCACAUAUGUAUGCGAUCAAACGAGAACUUAGAACAUGGGUCACAUGUAACCAACCAGACAGGAUACGCGAGGUGACCCUGGCCAGAUUGAGGUGUGGUCAUACUCGCCUCACCCAUGGCCACCUUUUUGAUAGGACGGGCCCUCCGAUUUGCCACACCUGCGACACACGCAUCUCCGUAGAGCACAUUUUGAUCGCAUGCACGGCAUUGCAUCACGAACGAAGACACAUCACUAACUAUCUUGCGGUACAACACCUUAAAAACGACCUCCCGACGCUUCUCGGGGACGACACAACAUUGACAAACCUGGUACUUGAUUUCGUCCUAACAUCACCCUACUCAGAGCUACUUUAACGGCCUUGACUGUUAGCAGGCGCCCGUUUCGCUACCACCAGGCUGACUUGUGAUACGGGAUGGGUCGGGUUUUUCGCUGGUGCCGAAACACAGAGCUUCGGUGGCAGACGGGUUUUCUCCUGCCGCUGGAGCAGGCUUAGAGGCUCAGCGGCCCAGCGAGCUACACCAGCGGACCCCGGCCGCUGAACAGCGGCGGCGGCCGGGUUGAACGACCACAGACAACCGUCGGCCGCCAACUGCAGCAGCGACAGAUUCCCCAUCCUCCAAACCAUUCCUUUCAUCGUGACGCUUAAACAUUCACAAACCCCAUCCCUCCCAGCGACAUAUCCCCCACUCUUCAAACCAUUCCUGUCAUCAAACUCUCGUAACCUUACCAUUCACAAACUUCCUCCUUCCCUCCCUUCACAAACAUCAAUUUACCGGUAAGUUUCACUGUCAUUUAUGUGUCUUAACGUAAAUUCAUGGGUUUUUUCCCAUAUUCAUGGCAUAGUACAUGGAUAUGGGUUUUCCCAUGUUGUCUUGCUGUAAAAGUGGCCACCGGUCUUAGUUAGGACGGCCGGUUUGUUUUGCGCGGCGUAGUUAGGUCGCCGCCCUCCUCGCGAGGCCGGUAACGUAAGUUAGGGCCACUAAAAAAAAAAAAAAAAAAAAAAAAAAAGCCAGGCCAGAGCUUUUGCUGAUCACCGGUGCAUUCCAAUUCCGCUUAUAAUCGGUCACACACCCCCACUCACAGCGCCGCCAUGGAGGGUUUCCUGCCGCUGGACACGACGUUCGCCACGCGCGCCUGCCACGUGGGCCAGGAGCCGGAGCAGUGGACGUCGAUGGCCGUGGUGCCGCCCAUCUCCAUGGCCACCACGUUCAAACAGGACGCGCCCGCCGAGCACCGGGGUUUCGAGUACUCUCGCAGCGGCAACCCGACCCGUGAUGCCAUGGAAAAGUGCUUCGCCUCCCUGGAAAAGGCCAAAUACGGCAUGGCGUUCGCGUCCGGUCUGGCCGCUACCACCACCAUCGUACACAUGCUGAGCAGCGGAGACCACAUCGUCUCGAUGGACGACCUGUACGGCGGCACCAACCGCUACCUGAGCAAGGUGGCGUGCCGGAUGGGCGUGCAGGCGACCUUUGUGGACGCCUCCGACCCGCAGAAGGUGGCCGACGCCAUCACCGACAAGACAAGGCUGGUAUGGGUCGAGUCGCCGACCAACCCGACCAUGAAGCUGGUGGACAUCGCCGCCAUGGCCGCUGUGGUGAAGAAGCACCCCAACGUGCGACUGGUGGUCGACAACACGUUCAUGUCCUCCUACUGCCAGCAACCGCUGACGCUGGGCGCCGACAUUGUGAUGCACUCGGCCACCAAGUACAUGAACGGCCACACUGACGUGGUGAUGGGACUGGUGGCCACCAACCGGGAGGACGUGCACGAGCAGCUGCGCUUCCUGCAGAACGCGAUCGGCCCGGUGCCGUCUCCGGUCGACUGUUUCCUGGUGAACCGCUCGCUGAAGACGCUCGCGCUGCGUAUGCGCCAGCACGGCGCCUCAUCCGUGGCCGUGGCCAAGUUCCUCGAGUCCCACCCUGCCGUCGAGAAGGUGCUGCACCCGGGCCUGCCGUCGCACCCGCAGCACGAGCUGGCGCGCCGCCAGACCAUGGGCUGCUCGGGCAUGUUCAGCUUCUACAUCAAGGGCGGCCUGACCGAGAGCCGGGCCUUCUUCAAGAACAUCAAGAUCAUCACGCUGGCGGAGAGCCUGGGCGGGUAUGAGUCGCUGGCGGAGCUGCCCUGCGUGAUGACCCACGCCUCAGUGGACGCGGCCGACCGCGAGCGUCUGGGCAUCACGGACUCUCUGAUCCGGGUCAGCGUCGGCCUGGAGGACGCACAGGACCUGAUGAACGACCUCGACCAGGCGCUCAGAGCCGCCGUAUCGGUCUGAACGGCGCAGCUGUGGCCGGCCCUCUCUGGCGCCCCUCAGGCUCCCCAGGGCGCCCCUCUGCCGGUCGUGGGCCGACCCGACCGGCUCCCCUCAGGCUCAGGCACGGGCCUUCACGGCACCCGUGGUGGUCCUUUCUUCACCUAUGGCUACUGCGUAGUCGGCGUGCCAUCCAAAAGGCGUCCAUCACCGCACGUAUUGUACGGAACCUGCGACGGGAGUGUGGGGUGUGUGGGUGCACCGGUGCCAUUUCGAGUCGUGUGUUUUCGUAUCUCUGUUUCUACGGGGCAUUUAGAACACGACGGCGUGUGAUCUGAGUGUGAUGGUGGAUGCCGCGUUUCCUUUUUCGACAAUAUUUUAUGAGAUGUGUCUAGUCAUCGAAAAUGAUUUAUUAUACGUAUCUCAAAACGAGCCAGUUCAAAUGUAUUGUUCUUGUUGAUUUGGGUCGUUACUCGUUGCUUUUGCACUCGUUGAUUUAAAUUGUUUAUCAGGAUUUACUGUGUGGAUAUUUUGCGACAUGGAAAUGCAGCCGUUCACCUUG